UUCUUAUAUAUUUUAAAAUUUUAUAAUUUUGAUGUUUGGUUUUAUUAGUUUUUUCCCCCUUUUUAAUAAUCUCAGUUUUCGUUGCUUUUUCCCUCGAUCUCUCUGUCUCUCUGUCCCCCCAACCCUUAUUGUAUUGUAUCUCCUUCUCUCUUACGCGUCUUAGCUUCUUCUCUCUCUCUCUCUCUCUCUCCUUCUUAUUUGUGUUGUACCACUUUCUCUCUCAAAGCAUUGCCAUAGAUUAGGACCAGCCGUCGGUGGCUACCUUCUAAAGGAAUCAAAGUCUCUUUCUAAAAAAAAUUGUAUUUUUAUUUAUAUUUAUUUUGGCCCGCAAUUGCAAAUUACGUGUAUUGAGGAAAGUUGUGAUUUUGGAUCCGUUUUUGGUUUUAGCUUUUAUGUGGGUGUGGUGUGGUGCUGUUGGGCAAUGCAAGAGUGGAUCUUCUUCUUCUUGUGAAAGGAAGAAGAAGAAGAGUUGCAACUCUUAGAACAAGUUAUUUUUUUGUGAGUGUCAGUUUCAGUGAUGCACACCGGAGGUCGACUUGUUGCUGGUUCCCACAACAGGAACGAGUUUGUGCUCAUCAAUGCCGAUGAGAAUGGAAGGAUUAAGUCUGUCCGAGAACUGAGUGGGCAGAUAUGUCAGAUUUGUGGGGAUGAGAUUGAGGUUACUGUGGAUGGGGAACCCUUUGUUGCCUGCAAUGAGUGUGCUUUCCCCGUUUGCCGGCCUUGCUAUGAGUAUGAACGGCGAGAGGGGAAUCAGGCCUGCCCUCAGUGUAAGACCAGAUACAAACGCAUCAAAGGUAGUCCAAGGGUUGAAGGCGACGAAGAGGAAGAUGAUACCGAUGAUUUGGACAAUGAGUUUGAUUAUGGGGAUGCCGAUGGUUUGGGCCCACAGCCAAUGUCAGAAUCACUGUUUUAUGGACGCCUUAACACCGGGCGUGGCUCUAAUGCUAACGUAUCUGGCAUCCCUGCAAACUUGGAACAUGGCUCACCUCCUCUUAAUUCUGAAAUCCCACUCCUGACUUAUGGGGAGGAGGAUCCCGAGAUAUCAUCCGAUAGACAUGCUCUAAUAAUUCCACCACAUACGAAUCAUGGGAACAGAGUCCAUCCCAUGCCUUAUAGUGAUCCAUCAAUUCCAUUGCAACCCAGACCAAUGGUACCCAAGAAAGACAUUGCAGUGUACGGGUAUGGAAGUGUGGCUUGGAAAGACCGGAUGGAGGAAUGGAAGAAAAGGCAGGGUGACAAACUUCAGGUGGUGAAGCAUGAAGGCAAUAAUGAUGGAAAUUUUGGUGAUGAUUUUGAGGACGCUGAUUUACCCAUGAUGGACGAAGGCAGGCAGCCACUCUCUCGGAAACUACCCAUCCCUUCGAGCAAGAUAAAUCCUUAUAGAAUGAUUAUAGUACUCCGGCUCGUAAUCCUUGGGCUUUUUUUCCAUUAUAGAAUUCUCCACCCGGUUAAUGAUGCAUAUGGCUUGUGGUUGACGUCAGUCAUCUGUGAAAUAUGGUUUGCUGUAUCAUGGAUAAUGGAUCAGUUUCCAAAAUGGUACCCAAUACAGCGAGAAACAUACCUUGAUCGUCUAUCACUUAGAUAUGAAAAAGAAGGGAAGCCAUCUGAAUUGUCCAGUGUAGACAUAUUUGUCAGUACUGUUGAUCCCAUGAAGGAACCUCCACUGAUUACAGCAAACACUGUUCUAUCAAUCCUUGCUGUUGAUUAUCCAGUUGAUAAGGUUGCAUGCUAUGUCUCAGACGAUGGUGCUGCUAUGCUUACUUUUGAAGCACUUUCCGAGACAUCUGAAUUUGCUAGGAGAUGGGUUCCAUUUUGUAAGAAAUACAAUAUUGAGCCCCGAGCCCCAGAAUGGUAUUUUGGUCAGAAGAUGGACUAUCUGAAAAAUAAAGUACAUCCGGCAUUUGUCAGGGAAAGGAGAGCAAUGAAGAGGGAUUACGAAGAAUUUAAGGUGAGGAUUAACAGUUUGGUGGCAACAGCACAAAAAGUUCCUGAAGAUGGAUGGACCAUGCAAGAUGGAACUCCUUGGCCUGGAAACAAUGUGAGGGAUCAUCCUGGCAUGAUUCAGGUCUUCCUUGGACAGGAUGGUGUUCGUGAUGUUGAAGGAAAUGAACUACCUCGCUUGGUCUAUGUCUCUCGAGAAAAGAGACCAGGCUUUGAUCACCACAAAAAGGCUGGGGCAAUGAAUGCUCUGGUACGGGCCUCAGCAAUUAUCACAAACGCACCUUAUCUUCUGAAUGUUGAUUGUGAUCACUACAUUAACAAUAGCAAGGCUCUUAGAGAAGCCAUGUGUUUUAUGAUGGACCCUCAACUUGGGAAAAAGGUUUGCUAUGUGCAAUUUCCUCAAAGAUUUGAUGGAAUCGAUCGACAUGAUAGAUACUCAAACAGAAAUGUUGUGUUUUUCGAUAUCAACAUGAAAGGAUUGGAUGGUAUUCAAGGUCCAAUAUACGUCGGAACUGGAUGUGUUUUCAGAAGGCAUGCUCUUUAUGGAUAUGAUGCACCUGCAAAGAAGAAGCCGCCAAGCAAAACUUGUAACUGUUGGCCAAAGUGGUGCUGCCUGUGUUGUGGCUCUAGAAAGAAAAAGAAUGGCAACACUAAGAAGGAGAAAAAGAGGAAGGUGAAGCACAGUGAAGCAUCAAAGCAGAUACAUGCACUUGAGAAUAUUGAGGCAGGGAAUGAAGUAUCCAACAAUGAGAAGUCAUCCAUUUUGACCCAAACGAAGUUGGAGAAGAGGUUUGGACAGUCUCCAGUGUUUGUAGCCUCCUCACUUUUGGAAAAUGGUGGAGUUCCACAGGGCGUGAGUCCUGCAUCACUUUUAAAAGAAGCCAUCCAAGUCAUCAGUUGUGGUUAUGAAGACAAAACUGAAUGGGGAAAAGAAGUGGGGUGGAUAUAUGGUUCUGUGACAGAGGAUAUCUUGACUGGAUUUAAAAUGCAUUGCCAUGGUUGGCGGUCUGUGUAUUGCAUCCCAAAGCGGCCUGCAUUCAAGGGGUCGGCACCUAUCAACCUUUCAGAUCGUCUGCACCAAGUUCUCCGGUGGGCCCUUGGGUCUGUCGAGAUUUUUUUCAGCAGACAUUGUCCAAUCUGGUAUGGCUAUGGUGGCGGUUUGAAGUUGUUGGAACGGUUUUCCUACAUAAACUCAGUCGUAUAUCCCUGGACUUCCCUCCCAUUGCUUGUCUACUGUACUCUUCCAGCCAUAUGCCUGCUGACCGGAAAAUUUAUUGUACCUGAGAUUAGCAACUAUGCAAGUCUUGUGUUCAUGGCCCUCUUCAUAUCCAUUGCAGCAACCGGCAUUCUUGAGAUGCAAUGGGGCGGUGUUACCAUAGACGAUUGGUGGAGGAAUGAACAAUUUUGGGUGAUUGGAGGAGUUUCUUCACAUCUUUUUGCCCUUUUCCAGGGUCUGCUGAAGGUGUUGGCUGGUGUGAAUACAAAUUUCACUGUUACCUCAAAAGCAGCAGACGAUGGAGAAUUCUCAGAGCUGUAUAUCUUCAAGUGGACGUCACUCUUAAUACCUCCAACUACUUUACUAAUUAUAAAUAUUGUUGGGGUGGUUGUUGGGGUCUCAGAUGCCAUCAACAAUGGUUAUGAUUCAUGGGGACCUCUCUUUGGUAGAUUAUUCUUUGCCUUGUGGGUCAUCAUCCAUCUCUACCCCUUCCUUAAGGGGUUGCUUGGGAAACAAGAUAGGAUGCCAACCAUUAUAUUGGUUUGGUCAAUCCUGCUGGCCUCCAUCUUGACUCUCAUGUGGGUCAGAAUCAACCCUUUUGUGUCAAGAGAUGGACCUGUGUUAGAAAUUUGUGGAUUGAAUUGUGAUGAGUCUUGAAUAAAGAAAGCUGAAGGUGCUUUUCAGCUACACCGCAUGUCGAAGAAGCAACGUGUUCAACACGGCGCGCUUCACCAAGUUGCAUGAAUUUUUGGAUGGAAAGUUGUAUUUUUCGGGUGUGUAGAUACAGAGGAAGGGGAAGGGGUGGGGGAAGCUUACACAUUGUGUUACCUUGUAAUAGGGGUUCUUCAUUUAUUCUUUGAUUAUAUUUCUGUGGGUUGUAGUGUUCUAUUCUUUUUCCAGUUUCAUGUAUUCUUAUAAGAAAGGCAUUGAAUGAUAAAUUAUUCCCUCUUCAAAAUGAGGGGAUCUGCAGUCUCAAGCAUUAGUUGUCAUAUUUGAAGGUAUGGUUCUUGUUCUUGUUUAAACCUUUGAGAUGGGGACAUUCGCUAUUUUCCUCAUUUGUAAUACCAUCAGCUGUGGAUAUUCCUGUUCCCCAUAUGUUUCUUUUUAUGGUUAUUAUUUAACACUCGCCAACUUUUGGGUCGAUU